AUGUCUCACCUGCAAGGCCCUCAACAGCAUGUCGCCGAAGUAGGGCAAUGCACUCACGCCAUACCUGACUCCCUCGUGCUCAAGCUUCCCAAGCCGCAAGUCUGUCCCAAUUGUAUCAUCAGGGAGUAUGUCCGCACUAUCAAGGAUGUUCAGCGGCAAUUGGCCGACCGUGGCGGCACUUUCAAAUCUAGAGAGAUUGGGAAGGGGCAUAAGAAGCUCAGAAAAGCAUGGCGAGACGCAAAGAUUGCUCUAACGAAUACGAUCCUGGACUUCGAAGAGAUGGUCACGAAGAAAGAAGUGCCGCCAGAAGACCUUGGAGGGAUCCAGAAUGCGCUAGAUACGUGGGGAAACGAGAAGGUAGUAUUAGGCAGAAUGCCCGGUGUGGUAUAUGUCGAAGGAGCCGCAGAGGAGGAGCCGACAGAGGAAGAUCAUGAGGUUGCUAGGCUGAUGAUGGAAUUGUUGAAGGCAGUGCUGAAGAGGGAGUUGUCAAAGGAAGACCUGGUAGCAGUAUCAAAGGCCGAUGUGGCAGUUGAUGCACAACAAGCAUCACAAACACGACAGCAGUCUUUUCAACAACAAGCAUCACUCCCUAAAUCGGUUGUACCGCCACCCAAUCGAGCCCCACAGUCGGAAGGACGGCCAAAACCCAUCCUCAAGCGACACGCCAGCACCUCGCCCACUGCUUCUUCACCCCAAAAACGAGUUCGCAUAACAGAUUUGGCUGUGGUAUCCUCCGAAACACUCAGCAACAGCAACCCAUCUCCUUUCACCAGGCUCUCCAAAAAGACUACCGUGCUGCCGCACGGCGACCACACCUCCGCAGAACAUCAUCGUCGGCGCCCUGAAUUCAACCGCAGCACACCAACCUACACUCCUGGCGUUUGGGCCUCAAAAGCCUUCAGUGAGAAAGCGAACACGAGCUUUUUCAAGACUCCAGUCAAUAUCAUGGAGAGAAGCGUGCGGGAAGAGAUUGAAGAAGAGGAGAUGGAGAAGGACUUGGCUAAGAGGCUGAAGAUGGUUGUUGGGGGGUGGGUGGUGCUGUGGUGGAUUAGGAAUGUUGCGCCGCAUUGGGAUGUAGAGAAGUUGAGGGAAGCGUCGAUGCGAGUAUGA